GGGAGCAUGGGGUGGCCGUGCCGCAGCAUCACACCCCUCCUCGUGUGGUGUUUUGCCAUCUUCCAGGCAGCUGCCCGGGAGCAGAAGCAGCCCCACGGCUUUGCUGAGGACCGUCUCUUCAAGCAUCUCUUCACAGGCUACAACCGGUGGUCACGGCCAGUGCCCAACACCUCUGAUGUGGUCAUAGUGAAGUUCGGUCUGUCAAUAGCACAGCUGAUCGAUGUGGAUGAGAAGAACCAAAUGAUGACCACAAACGUUUGGCUGAAGCAGGAGUGGAGUGACUACAAGCUGCGCUGGAACCCGGAGGACUUUGACAAUGUCACCUCCAUCAGGGUGCCCUCUGAGAUGAUCUGGAUCCCCGACAUCGUGCUCUACAACAAUGCCGACGGGGAGUUUGCUGUGACUCACAUGACAAAGGCCCACCUCUUCUCCAAUGGGAAAGUGAAAUGGGUGCCACCCGCCAUCUACAAGAGCUCGUGCAGCAUUGAUGUCACCUACUUCCCCUUCGACCAGCAGAACUGCAAGAUGAAGUUUGGCUCCUGGACAUAUGACAAGGCCAAGAUCGACCUGGAGAACAUGGAACACCACGUGGACCUCAAGGACUACUGGGAGAGUGGCGAGUGGGCCAUCAUAAACGCCAUUGGCAGGUACAACUCCAAGAAGUACGACUGCUGCACUGAGAUCUACCCAGACAUCACCUUCUACUUCGUCAUCCGCCGCCUCCCGCUCUUCUACACCAUCAACCUCAUCAUCCCCUGCCUGCUCAUCUCCUGCCUCACCGUGCUGGUCUUCUACCUGCCCUCCGACUGCGGUGAGAAGAUCACACUCUGCAUCUCCGUCCUUCUGUCCCUCACCGUCUUCCUGCUGCUCAUCACCGAAAUCAUCCCCUCCACCUCUCUGGUCAUCCCGCUCAUUGGCGAGUAUCUCCUCUUCACUAUGAUCUUCGUCACGCUCUCCAUCAUCAUCACUGUUUUUGUCCUCAAUGUGCACCACCGCUCCCCCAGCACCCACACCAUGCCCCACUGGGUGCGUAGCUUCUUCCUGGGCUUCAUCCCCCGUUGGCUCUUCAUGAAGCGACCCCCUGUGCUGCUCCCUGCUGAGGGGACAACGGGUCAAUAUGACCCUCCGGGGACCAGGCUCAGCACCUCCCGCUGCUGGCUGGAGACCGAUGUGGAUGACAAGUGGGAGGAGGAGGAGGAGGAAGAAGAGGAAGAGGAGGAAGAGGAAGAGGAGGAGAAGACGUAUCCCAGCCGUGUGCCCUCAGGGGGAUCCCAGGGCACCCAGUGCCGCUACAGCUGUGGACGCCAAGCGGGCAAAGCAUCAGGGGGCCCAGCCCCACAGGUGCCCCUCAAGGGGGAGGAGGUGGGCUCUGAUCAAGGGCUGACACUGUCACCCAGCAUCCUGAGGGCCCUGGAGGGUGUGCAGUACAUCGCGGACCACCUGCGAGCAGAGGAUGCUGACUUCUCGGUGAAGGAGGACUGGAAGUACGUGGCCAUGGUGAUAGACCGCAUCUUCCUCUGGAUGUUCAUCAUCGUCUGCUUGCUGGGAACCGUGGGGCUCUUCCUCCCACCCUACCUGGCAGGGAUGAUUUAG